ACGUGCGGAGACUCAUGCCGAGCGGUCUCCUAUGACGACUACCAACUUCAUUAUCGCACUCGUGUUUGCGGGCCUGUUUGGCUCUGCUUUUAUCCUCCUUGCUUUGUGGUGUAUCCACAGUUAUGUUCAUCGAUGCUGUCUGGAUAUUGAGCACUGGUUCCAGGCAUUGUUCUCUCAUGUAUCGAGGCCCCCGCCAGUUGUGUAUGUUGAAAAGCAAGAACGGUCACAUUCGAAGCAUCGGUCUCAGUCCAGAAGAAGCGAGAGAGAAAGACGGGUUGAACGCUGGCAAACCCCGAGAUAUCACGGGAAUUGGGGUCGUGGAUACGAGCAAACGAGGAAGCAGAAUGUAGAAUGGCCAAGGCAGAGGGACGUGGAGAUGGCGAGAUCACCAAUGCAGCUCUCUGCUCCUCUGCAACCACAGCAACUGCCGUAUGGACAGUCAUAUCAUCCUCCGUUGGGGUGGCCUGAUCAGGCGCGGAAUAUGCAGCCACAGGGUGCUCAUCCUGCAGUUCCCUUUGCCAUGCAAUCAGCAAUACCCCAGCCACCGCUUCCUCAAAUCGCAAUCAACAUGGCGGGGCCUGUCCAGUAUCCACCUCGAUACCAGCCGCAAAGGGGUUCUCUGGACUGGCAACCAUAUCAUGAACCCGGCGGUUCCGGAGCGGCUAUAGCAAAUCAGCACAAGAGUAGCUCAGCCAAGGCCUCCUCGGCUGCAAAGCAAGCGCGCCGAGCGGAAAAAGUCGAUUACAUCCACAUCUGUGAUGAAUACCCGCCCAUGGUGCUGGAAGCGCUCAGGAAAGCAGCCCCACGAUCUCCCACAUCUUCGUCAUCACCAAGCUCGAGUGAUGUAUCCGGCACCACACAGGAGGUACCACGGACCAGUGUUCCCUGUGCCACGCCCAAUUUGGCGAAAAACUCGCGUCUAUCUCCAUAA